CUGCGGAAGGGAACAAGACUGCUCUGUAUAGUACACCAUGAUUGUCCGGCAUUGUUUGCGGCAAAGCCGCCAGCUCGGUGCGCUCAACUGCCCAUCGCGCGUCUGGGCCCGAUUCUCCUCCACCGAGACGAUUGUCGAGACGAUUGUCGACACUCCGGCGCAGCAAGCCCCCCGGGUGACUGCGACUCCAGUUGGAAUUCCCUCGGAGCCUGGGUCGCCGGCAGCAUAUGCAUUGACUCCUGAAAAGGAGGCCUGGGACAAGGGUCUGCAGCGCAAGGCCGACUUCCGCCAAAUGGGAACCACUCUGGAAGGCAAAUACAAUCCCGACCAGCUUCUCUUCAACCCCCCUAAACCCGCCGACCUCACUCUCGAAAUGCUCCUCGCCAAUCAGACACACCUCGGACACUCAACCUCCCGCUGGAACCCGCAAAACUCCCCGUACAUCCACGGUAUUCGCGAGGGCAUUCACAUCAUCUCCCUGGACGUGACCGCCGCGUAUCUACGACGGGCGGCCAAGGUCGUCGAGGAGGUCGCCGCCCGCGGCGGAUUGAUCCUGUUCGCCGGCACCCGGAAGGGCCAGAAGCUGAUGGUGGUCCGGGCCGCCGAGCGGGCCCAGGGCUACCACCUCUUUGAGCGAUGGAUCCCCGGCAGCUUGACCAACGGCAGUGUCAUCCUGGGCCACUGCGAGGUGAAGGUGGUGAACAUGUACGACGAAGAGCUGCCGACGUUCAAGGAGGUGGCCAACUCCCGGCCCUCGCUCAAGCCGGACUUGGUGGUCUGCCUGAACCCCCUGGAGAACACGGUUCUUCUGCACGAGUGUGGCCUCAACAACGUCCCCACCAUCGGCAUCAUCGACACGGAUGCGGACCCCACCCGCGUCACCUACCCGAUCCCCUCGAACGAUGACAGUCUGCGUGCCGUCGGCCUCAUUGCUGGUGUCCUGGGACGAGCCGGAGAGGCCGGUCAGAAGCGGAGGUUAAAACUUGCUAGGAAGGGGCAAAUUCUUUAUAAGCCCCUUACACAGCACGAUCUCCCAAUCCGCAAGCCGGGGGCGGCAAAUGAUCGGAAAGAGGAGUCAGAGAAGCGGAAAUGAAGAAUCGGCGGCGCUACGGAAUUUAUUUUUGAUCUCGGUUUGCCUGCCCUUGACUGGGAUUGUACUGUACAGGACAUAUAAACCUUUUUUGCGUCUGUUUUUCCUUCCCCAUGUUUUUCCUUCUGGUGUUGCGAAUAUGUAUCAACAAAUGUCGUCUGAAUCAUAUCUUUAACUUCCAUCUGUACUACCGUUUCAAUGGAUUGUUUUCGUGUGC